GAAAGUGAAAUCAGCUGAUAGUGACAUCAGUCAGAACAAAUGUACCAAAGUUCAGAGAGCUGUUUACUAGGCACAACUGUGAAUGCGAGAGGGCGCCAGCUCAGGACUGCAUCCUCCUGCCAUUUCCCUUCCACUCCUCCUUUCUGGGGUCUGACAUUAGAAAGCCAGCGAGAAGGAAGAUUCAAAUAACCAACCCUAAUUUCCUGCUUCUCCUUUUCAUUGUUCCUGUGGGCUCCUCACCUGCUUUCUGUCCCCCCGCAGAGGGCAGGAGAGAUGGCCAGGCCAAGGCCUCGGUGGGGCGACCAGCCGCCAUUCAUGAGCAUCAUUGUCCUCACAGUUGUGGUCAUCUGCCUGAUGUUCUACGCUCUCCUCUGGAAGUCUGGGGACCUCAUUGACCUGCCCAACCUGCGAAUAGGCUUCUACAACUUCUGCCUGUGGAAUGAGGAUGCUGGCAGCCUACAGUGUCACCAGUUCCCUGAGCUGGAGGCCCUGGGGGUGCCUCUGGUUGGCCUGGCCCUGGCCAGGCUUGGCGUGUACGGGGCCCUGGUCCUCACCCUCUUUUCCUUUCAGCCUCUCCUCCUAGCCUGGUGCAAUGGUAAUGACAGAGAGUGGCAGCUAGCAGUGGGCUUCCUGGCUGCGUCCUCCAUGCUGCUGGCCAGCGGCCUGGGCCUCUUCCUCUUCUAUGUGUGGAAGUGGGUCAGGCUCUCCCUCCCGGGGCCUGGGUUUCUAGCUCUGGGCAGCGCCCAGGCCUUACUCAUCCUCUUGUUAAUGGAAACGGUUAUGUUCCCUCUAAGGGCUUAGAGGGCUUACAGUGAGCUUGAGAGCUGCUAAAGGCUUAUGUGAUUGCAAGGGUUCAGUUCCAACCAUGGUCGGAGGUGACACAUCUGUUCAGCCAUCUCAUUUUAUAGCUAACACUGAUCUCCAGCUCCAGCAGAUGCAACCUACUGCAGAGGAGGUGGGGCCCCCGUGUCAAAGAGGCCAAGGGGCAGCAAGGGCAGCCAGGGCACCUGCGGCUUCUUAGUAUAGGAUUGUCUGUCCUUCACAACUUCCAAGGCUCCCAAGGACUCCCUAAAACCACGCAGCUCAUUGUCAUACCAAUUCCUGCUUUAAUUAAUGGGUCUGAGCAAAUCUUCCUCUAGCUUCAGGAGGGUGGGGAGGGAGUGAUUCCUGUCAUGAGGUCAGAAUUCCAGGCUGAUUCACCAAAUGCCAAACUGAAACCUAGCAAAGACUUAUGGAAACAAAUGAGGAUAUUAAAAGAGCGAGCACCUCAGUGCCUCUAGGGGCCUGCUUAAGGAGCUUCCGCUCAGCCCACGAUGGUGAGUGGGCCACCAUAAGCCGUCACUGGGAUUCCAACCCCAGAGGUCCAGGAGUGAUCUCUGAGUGACUCAACAAAGACAGGACACAUGAAGCACAAAGACAAGCCUUGGUUGCUUCAAAGCUUCCCUGGACUUGAAGCCAGUCAGGGCAGAGGUAUCCGCUGGCAAAUCACUCCCAUGAUGAGACCCUGGAGGACACCAAAUCCUCAGUGUGAUCAGGACUGGACGGUUGCACACAUACAAAUGCUGCCACCCUCCACUUCUCAACCCGGAACUGGGAAAGACAUUAGCACAACUUAAGCACUGGGGAAUUGUGUGUAUUUUCCAGCACCUGCGCAUUGGAAAACCUGUAUGGCAAAUGAUUCACUCAUUUAUUCCUGUCCAAAGCCACACUGAAAACAAAGACAGAAACAUGUA